UGAAUGACUGAGUACGUAGAAAUGCAUUUCGUCAAUGUGUUUGCCUAACCUAGAGCGGCUCUUUGUUUUAUUUUGUUUUUUUUUAGGGAACGCGUAAACGUCAAAAAUUUGGAGAACGUAUCAAGAUAAUUUAUUGCAAGUCCUGAACGUAUGGGAGAGGCAUUCAAUGAUAGCUUAGAAAAGUUACGCAAGAAAAGUCGAACAUUGUUAGCACGUGUUGCUGAAAACUCUAAAAGGAUUGAUGCUGAAGUGAAAAUAUUACGUUCACAAACAUUAUCUUUGAUAAAUUGCUGUAAUCAUAAGAAUCAAGGCGAUUGUGUAAGAAGAAACGCUAACUUAUGGAAAUUACGCAACAACUUGAGCGAAAUCAAUACUGUUUUACAUCCAGAUUACAUUGGUGUCAGUCCUAAACGUACAAUCAUGUCAGUACCAAAUAUGACGUCCUCUGGAAAAUUAAUACUAACGUCUAAGAAACCACGAGAUCAAUGCUUGAAAUCUGCGCCUAGAAAACCGGUAAAAGGAUGUUAUUGUAAUUAUGAGGUGAACAAGGUGCACGCAAGAUCAUCAAGAACUCAGCGUAAGCCUGCCUCCUCUUGUCACCAUUGCAGAAGUCAACCUGAGCUCAAAUCCACGAUGAGAGAAUCCGACGAUAAUAAGGCUGCUCUAACUUCGCCAAUCAACUGUGAAACAUUCAGGAGAGUUAAAAGGAUCGAUUAUACGCCUAGAUCUCAAUUCCUUCGCAAUGUGCAGGACAAAAUCUGCGAAUUACAAACUGGAGACGAGGGAGAUCGCUUGCGAACAUGUCCGCGAUCAUCCAGUUACCACAGAACAAGGCCGAAGAAGCAAGAUAUUUCUGAUGAAGAGCCAACAUUGCUGAACGAACACAAGUAUGUCGAUAAGAGGCAAUCAUUUCCAGCAUCCCCGGCAGCUCCCGCAAACUCACUGGCGAGCGAACGAAGCGAAUCCGACGAUGUCACCUGUACUUCGAGCAGAGGAAUUCAAGUGUCUCCGCGAAAGUUGCCGAAGUCAACAUUACGAAAGACUAUUAAAUCCAAGACGCAAAUACCAAAGUCAAGCGAAAGACCUACCUCGAAAUCGCCGCCACGAAGUAAAAGAGUAACGCAAUUACGCAAACAAGAUUGUCCUUGUUGCUGUAGGAGUGAACCGAAGAGGGCCGCGAAAUUUAACGAAGAUGAAUACGCAAGAAAGUACAAUUUGUCGGAAUAUUGCGAGCGAAGAAACCAAUGUUUGAAGCAUAAUGAUGGUUUCGCAAUUGACGAUUCCAUGGCCCAAGAAGUGGAAGACUUGAGAAAAUUUCGAGAGCAGAAUUAUUUCGAGACGCAUGGCUCGAGUCACACAUUGGCGUCGUCUAGAUCGUCGGGAUCGUUGCAACAAUAUCUGCUGAACGAACGUCUUUUUCCGGAGUCGGUAGGCAAGAUUCAUAAGCGGGACUUGGUAGUGACGAUGCCGCCGUGCGUGACGGCGCAGAAAAAACGCAUUCAUUACUUUCCCAGAUAUAUGGUGCGACAAGAGAAGACUACCUGUAAUACGAAUUACAGGCGUAAACGGUGCCAAAGCUGUCCUCUCACCGGCCACGCCAUUGAUCUUGGAGUUCUGAAGGCUAGACCGCCGUUAAAUAGUUUGGCGCUCAAAUAUCAGAAAAGAGUUUCUGAUUGAAAUAAAAUUUUAUUUUUUUAUUAUUUAUUAGAUUAUUAAACAAAGUAAUUUUUAUCUCAACGAUUUGAAAAUUUCAACGUUUUGUGUCACAAGUUUUAUAGAUGUACAUCUUGUACUAUAUAUAUAUAUAUAUAUAGUUGCAUAAAAAUACAUUCUCUUAAAUUAAAACUUUAUUUGUAAUAUAAUGAUGAUAAUAUGUAAUCAAGUACCUGCUUUUUUAGCAUCUCCAUUUGUACAAACUUAUUUUAGAAUAUAUCUAUGAAUAUUUUAUUUGAUAAAACUAAUUUUAUAAUUCCUAAUCUACAUAUAAUGCAUUAAA